AACUUCAGGGCUUUCUGCGGCUUUUCACGAGCGGUAAUUCCCGGUGACGCCUAGUAGGCGCCGAAGGGGUGGAGAGUUAAGAAGCUAACCCGUCACAAGACUACUUCACCCCGCCGGGUUAAAGAAGAGCAGGGCCGUGAUAGCGGCGCCCAUUGAAAUGGCGGUGGCGGUGGUGACGCGCUUGGCCGUCUUGGCGUUGCUGUCGAAGGUUGAAUCUCCAUCACUGCGAAACUCCUGUGAGCCUGGAGAAUUCCUAUAUUCUGGGAUUUGUUGCAAACAUUGUCCUGCCGGUACCCAUGUUGAAGAAUACUGCAGUUCUCCACACACACAGGGAAUAUGUAAACACUGCACAGAUGGAGAAGACUAUACUGAAUAUGACAAUGGUCUAGUUAAGUGUUUACCGUGUGAAGAAUGCAAAUCUGGUUACAAAAUGAUAACACCUUGCACCAGGAAGAAGAACACUGAAUGUCAGUGCAAUGAUGGCUAUUUCUGUCCUCAAGGCUGUGAGGAAUGUAUGAAAUGCAAGAAGCGGUGUCCUGAAGGAGAGGUGAUUGUGGAACACUGCAAUGCUACAACAGACACGAUAUGCGGACUACCACAUGCAGGAGCUUCAGGUUCCUCAUUUACAUGGCUUUACAUCUUUAUUGGUAUUGGUACUGGUAUUUCAGUUGUGGUGCUCUUGGUUUGGAUCUUAUAUACUGGUAUAUGGAGAAAAUGCAAGCCUGUAAUGGGAUCUCCACCUAUAUGGAGAAAAUGCAAGCCUGUAAUGAAGAAAGCCUCCCUAGAAAAAGAAAAAUCCACAGACCAUUUGAUACCUGGUAACGAGAAUGUAAACUCUACAACUGAAGCUCCUGCUGCUUCUGAGGACAGACUGUCUGAAGCUGCUGAGAGAGAGAAUUUGGAGAUGGGCAAUAGAGAACAAGACUCUGUCCUUCCAGAUCGGCCAUCUGUUUCAUCAUUACGUGAGGUUGCUUGUUCGAAUGGGCAGUCCAGUGGAAGAAAUGAUGUACGGAGACCUAACAAACCUGCAGUAAGGAUUAAAAGUUCUCCCAUGAAAACAUUGGAAGAUAUUUAUUUUCAAAUAAAGGACACGUUGGGACCAAAUUACUGGAGACCACUUAUGAGGAAAUGUGGCUUUUUAGACAAUGACAUAGAUAACAUUAUCCUUGAUAAUGCUCAAAAUGUUGAUGAGCAGCAUUAUCAGCUGUUAAAAACUUUGCGAGACAGGAAUGGAGUUGUUGCUGCUUUUCAGAAAAUAUUUGCAGGCCUGGAGGAAAUGAACCUUUAUGGUAUUUAUGAAAAUCUAAUAAAUGAACUAAAAAGCAAAGAUUUAAUAAUAAUGGAGGCUGAAGACUAAUUUAGUUUUUCUUUAUUUUUGACUACACAAAAACUGGUCAGAGAAUAGUCUGGCUUUUUAUGCAUCAAUUUAUUUUAGUGCAUGUUGCCUUGGCUGAGGAUGUCUAAACUGACAACACAGUUGUUAAAAGAAAUAUGGAUCCCACUUGGGAAAUGAAAUGUUGCAUCUCUCUGCGGGUAAAUUUUGCAAUAUACAAAAUUUACAAUGAAUAAGGCAACAAGUUGGUCAGUGUUUGGAAAUUGUGGUUCUGUACUGUCCUCUAUAAAAAUGCUAUUGUGACCAAAAUUCAGUGUAAUUUAUAUUACGUGAAUUGCUAACAUAUAGCAGGCUGAAAAUGGACAUAAUAGUUUUCUACGGAGUCAGAAUCAUGUGACUUGUUGGACAAGGAGAAUUUGAGUAUGUAAAACUUCCUUCCUAAAAUAUAACCCAAUGGAAUCCGGCUGGAACUUUGUGUGUAUUUGCUUCCAUAUUAUGAAAUGAUUGAUGGAUUGUAAUACUUCAUUUGUGAUCUUAUAUAC